ACUAUACUCAUCAAUCUUUCUCUCAUCUAUCUGGCUCGGAUAGUUUACCCAAGAUGGCCAACUCUCUAGAAACACAGGAAAAGCGCGCAAUCUACCGCUCUACGCUUCGCAGCAUCAAAGAACGAAUCACCAAAUUGGAAGACCCUCAGAUCAGCGCACAAGAAGCGAGCGACGCGGGAAUCCAACAGGCCUCACUGUCUCUCGAAGACAAGUCGGACUAUCCAUAUUUCUUUUCUCCGUUCAAGGGGACACUCACCCCCGCAAAAAGGCCAGACUAUCCAACCUGCAAGAAUACUCUCGAAGACCAUAUGAACGUCAAGGCUCUGUAUCUGUAAUAGAGCAUGGGGUGACUUCAAUUUCGAGGCCCUCUUCGAGGAUCUCUAUUUCUGGAGCGUGUCCAUGACGUGUCCGACACCAGCGGAAACC